GUAAAUACUAAACGUCAUAUUUCGUCUCUAUUGACUAUUCUCUUUUGUUAUUACACAUGUCUACAAAUUACUAGGUCUAGUGGUUUGUAAUAAUUUCUAUUACGAGUAUAACUUUUAGUAGAAUACAAUGUUGGGAACUUAAAAGAUAAGUGAAUUUACUAGAAAUUACCAUUUCAUUUCGUACCAUUCACCCGUUCUUUAGAACAAGAGUUACAAUGUUGCGUUGGGCUUAUAUUUUACCAUUCUAUCUUAUUUGUAUUUGUAAAGCUUCCGAUGAAGCAAAAGGAGAGAACUAUGUGUUUGUGGAUUGUAGCACUUUACGAUUAGGUCAAUAUAUUUGCCCUGAUCCAAAUAUAAAUCACAUUGAUCCAGAUACACAACAAUUACGAGGCUGUACAAAAGGCAAAGUAGACCCAUCGCAAGGAGAAGCUGAAGUCAAAUGUAUAGCUGCAGAUAGAAUUAUAUGUAAUGAGACAAACAAUUCAACAUUUGUAAGGAAAAUGCCUUGCAAGUGGACGAACGGAUAUUCUUUGGAAAUAGCUCUGCUGUUAUCAGUAUUUCUUGGAAUGUUUGGUUUGGAUAGAUUUUACCUGGGUUACCCAGGUAUAGGACUGGCCAAGCUUUGUACACUGGGAUUCAUGUUCCUGGGACAACUAUUAGAUAUCAUAUUAAUUGCUGCCCAGGUGGUUGGUCCAUCUGAUGGUUCAGCAUAUGUGAUACCAUUUUAUGGAGCUGGUGUCCAAGUUAUCACAAGUGACAAUGAAACGUACCUACUUCCCCAAGCAGAUUGGCACAACAUCACCUGACAGUGGGGCACCAUCUCCUUUGAGCUUGAUGAAGACUAUGAUUGGACUUAACAGUGAAUUGUUGAUUGUAUAAGUUUAAUUUAAAUGGAAUAUCUUUGUGUUUGUAUCUAUAAUAGUGAGAUAUUAAUUAAUUUUUACUGUAAUAACUAUUCGAAACUAUACAGUUGAGUGACAUAUAUUUAAUUCUAAAGCAUAUUGUUUAAAAAUUUAAUGAAUUGCUCUUAGAAAUAGAAAUGUAUAUUGUAUGAUGAAUGU